AUGACCACAUUCCAAUACCAAGAUAAAUUGAAGAAAUUGCCAAUUCCAGAUUUGGAAAAGACAUGCAGCAACUACUUGAAUGUAUUAAAGCCGCUUCAGACGGAAAAGGAGCACGAGAAGACAGUGGAAGCAGUACAGAAAUUCUUGAAAAGAGGAAUUGGCCGGUACUUGGACACUGAAUUGCGGAGCUACGCAGAGUCCAGAAACUCAUACAUUGAGCAAUUUUGGUAUGACUCAUACUUGAACUAUGACUCCCCUGUGGUGCUCAACUUGAAUCCCUUUUUUCUUUUGGAAGACGAUCCAUUCAAUAACGAGGCGACGUGCGUUAAUCCCCAGGUUAAACGUGCGGUUUCCUUAACGGUUUCUUCUUUGAAAUUCAUCCAGGCCUUGAAGAACGAAACUUUUCCAGUUGACACUCAAAGAAACGGAGAGCCUCUUUGCAUGUACCAAUACUCAAAGUUGUUCGGAGCUUCGCGGAUCCCGACGGCUGAAGGAUGUGUGAUGCAAAGUGACCCGAACUCAAACCACAUUAUUGUCAUGAGCAAAUCUCAAUUUUAUUGGUUUGAUGUUUUGGAUGACCAGAACAACUUGCUUAUGACGGAACAAGACUUGAUUGUGAACUUCACCUCUAUCAUUAAUGACUCCUUGAAAACACCUAUCAAUGAGGUUGCCAAGUCGUCUUUCGGUGUUUUGACUACAGAGAAUAGACGAAUUUGGGCGCAAAUCCGGGCGUCCCCCACUAUUACCGAAAACAAAAACAACAACGAAAUUUUGUCUAUCAUUGACUCAGCUUUGUUUGUGAUUUGCUUGGAUGACAUUGUCUUGAAUGACUUGAGUGAGUUGUCGAAGAAUAUGUUGUGUGGGCUUUCAAUCCUCGACAAGGGUGUGCAAGUAGGGACUUGUACCAAUAGAUGGUACGAUAAGUUGCAAAUCAUUGUCACUCAGAACGGAAAAGCUGGUAUUAACUUUGAGCACACUGGUGUUGAUGGACAUACAGUCUUGAGAUUCGUCAGCGACAUAUACACGGACUCGAUUUUGUCGUUUGCGCAGUCUAUAAAUUCCAACACUCCAUCCUUAUGGACAGAUCACAAGUCCAAGAGCAUUGCCGAAAAUGGAGAUUUUGUCACAAUUCCAAGAAAACUUGAAUGGGAUCUCACCUCAAAUUUGUCUCUUGCUCUAAGAUUCGGAGAGACUAGACUCUCGGAUUUGAUCAACCAAAACGAGUUCAAACACUUGGAGUUCAAGAAUUAUGGUUCAUUCACUAUAAAGAAAAUGAAGUACAGUCCUGACGCAUUCGUGCAAAUGGCAUUCCAAGCCUCAUACUAUGCGUUGUAUGGGAAGGUCGAGUGCACAUACGAACCAGCAAUGACGAAAAACUUCUUUCAUGGGAGAACUGAAGCUAUCAGAACUGUGAGUCAAGAAUCUAACUUCUUUGUCAGAAAGUUUUUUGACCCAAAUUUCCCUGAUAAAGAAAAGUUGAAAGUGCUUUCAGAUGCUUGUAUGAAACAUACUGAGCAAACAAAGAGGUGCUCUGCUGGAGAGGGUGUCGAUAGACAUUUGUUUGCUUUGUUUUGCAUCUGGAAACGCUACGUGGCACAAGCUGAAGGGAAAGAGUCUAUAACGGCAACAAGAAUGGACGAAACUGACAGCCGUGCCACAUUUACUACAGAGACUGAGAGCGAUUCAUCUGAACAUACUGUGGGUGGGAAUGAUCACGAGAGCUCCAAUGUGAUUUUGGGAGAGUUGCCUGAGAUUUUUGCCGACAAUGGCUGGGACAAAUUGAACAAUACAAUUCUUUCCACUUCAAACUGUGGAAACCCAUCAUUAAGACUUUUCGGUUUUGGUCCAGUCAGCGCUAAUGGGUUUGGUAUUGGAUAUAUCAUCAAGGAUGAUUCUAUCUCCAUUUGUGCUUCAUCCAAACACAGACAAACUGAACGUUUCUUGGUCACGCUUGAGUCCUAUUUGAUUGAGAUCUACAGGAUCUUCAAGGAGGUGAAUAGCAAAUCUGAUGUGGUGGCACCUAUUGAUACCAAGAUUGAAUCUGGUGGAUACAGUUCUUCCGUACCACCAGUUGUGACCAGAGCGCCAAUUCCGAAGAGACGUGAGCCAUUGAACACUUUGUUUGGAGGAUACGGCUAUUUCGAUAUUGGGGAUGACGAAAUAAAGUCGCGAGGCGAAACACCAGAGCCACCUUUCUUAGGGAAGUUGGUCAGCCAGUUUUCCGUUAGAGAUAUCGAGCGCAAGCUCAGACUUUCGGAGUAUUAG